AUGGCACGAUUGCUCAAACACAACAUAUGUGGACUUCUAGAUGCGUCGUUGCCGCACUCUGGAACACCUGAUUUUGGUCUCAAACGUGGUCGUAUUCCCCUGGCACUUCGGUACGCCUGCCGACACUGGUUGUACCAUCUUCAACAGCUCCCGCCGGACGAUGAGAUACAAGGACUUUUCCUAGAUUUCCUCCAGUCACGACUGACAUUCGCAAUCGAAGCAUACGCGAUCUUUGGCGAACUAGCCACUGGCCUACAAAUAUUUAGGACAGCCAGGAAACUAGUACUGGGUUGGCCAACACGUCUGGUUGCCCGUGUAGCCAUUGAUCUCCUCUACGAUGCUUGGAGACUGACACUAGACUUCUUCGACCCAAUCAGCACUUCUGCGCUACACGUCUACGAGUCGGCGCUACCGUGCAGCCCAGCAAAAUCCGCGCUGCGCCUCACUUACCAGCAUUUAUUGAUCGAAACGUCCUCUCUUAGGAUUAAGGAAGGUUUGGACGAGCAAUGGGGCCUGUUCACGCGAGUUAUAGACAUGAAGACGAAUGAUUUCAAGCUGGCGCUAUCCCCCGAUGGUUCACAGGUCGCUGCUAUCUCUCAGAAUGUGAUAUGUGUAUGGGCGACUGCGACAGGACUUCUCAGAGCGUUGCAUCACAAUAUCAAUCCGAGUAGUCGAUGGUCCACCAAAUUUCUCUACAACGCGGAAUCAGAAGCUCUGCGCGGACCUUUGGCAUUCUCCCACAGCGGAAGCAAGAUUGCCUGUCUAUGGACCAGAAGAACCAUUCAACACUUCCAUCCCAUCAUCCGAAUCUACGACGUCAAAACAUGCCAACAGCUAUCACAUAUUUAUCUCCCCUCCAUCAAUAUUGAUCAGUCAAUCCUGGAUUUGACGGCUUCAUUUUCUCACUCAGACGAUCGUCUCAUGACACAUGUCCUUGGAUGUACCCUGCUUUUUGACACCAGCACCGGAAACUUGAUUGGAAGAACAGGCUGCUGCGACGAAAACCUGUCUGCUUCGUGGUGCUUCUUUGAUCCCUCGGACGAUUCGGUAAUCCAUGUUUCCUGGCGAGAACACGGCCCACUGGUCUCUCGACUAUUUUUCACUGAAGCGGAUGGGACAGAGGCACUAGUCGUCCCAAGGACAUCCUCCAUACCAACCACACGGCGCCUUGAAUCUCAUGGAGAACACUACCAGCUGCUUCGAGCAGGCCCUCUUGUAGCACGCGAAUCUCCUGUGCAAUAUACGUUCCAUGGACGAGCAGACGUCAAGCCAGAAGGAUUUCCUGGACUGGAAAAGCUCACACUUGUGGACGCCCACCCGAAUGCCAUCGUUCAGUUUGACGUUCUCGCGGGAAUAAAACUCGGCGAUCGAAUCCUCGGAAUCUGCGGCAAGGACAGGACGACCAGUGGCUGGAUGACUACAAACGAGGAAUGCUUCGGGGCUAUCAAGAGAAACGAACAAAUCUGGAUCAUUGAUCUCGCCCAAGCCUCCCUACAGUCAUUUCCGCAUACCUCAUCGCCUGCCAAUAUCAAGACAUAUCUUGAUGAAGCGUACAUCUUAGUCUGCGUCUCAAAGGACACUGGGUAUCGGGCCUAUCAAUCAAAGACAACGACCAAUUACCUUGUAUACGAUGCGGCAUCCUCACCAGAGAGAUUGCUCUGCGAGAUUUUCUUGAGAAAGGCACAGAGCGCGAUAGGCCAACCUAGAGUUUUCUUUUCGCCAAGAUCUAAGCACUUCUUGAUUGCAGACUCCUUCGAAAGCCCCAGCGUACAGCUCUGGAACCCCCAAUAUGGACGACACAUUGCUUCGGCCUUCACGCCGUCCUGGAGCGUCCUAGAGGUUGUCUUUUCCGAGGACGAGGACGUCUUCGCCCUUCAAGUUGUAUUGAAUGGUCAAAAGAGGAUUGCCAUGUACGCUCUGGCAGGUAACGCACUCGAGCUGGUCGAGACGCCAUUCCUUCCUGAUGCAGAUGUCGACUAUCCUGCGUUCUGCGUAGUCGCAUCCGUAACUCGGGAGAUUUUGACAAAAGCAGCGAUCCAAGUGUAUAUCCCGACGUCCUCUCCUGGACAGACAUCUCCCUCGACAAAGACGGCUGGCUUAGGAAGGGGACACGGAGAAUUUGCUGGCUUCCUUCGCGUUAUAGACCUGCUUCCCUUGAUUACCGAAGCCUCCAGUUGGACGUUCGUGACAACCAAGUCACGAUACUACAUCUUCACGGCGAAAAGCGUAUAA